AUGAAGGACAUCAAUCCAAACUUCUUCUACGCGGUGAAUUUGGACGAUGAGUGUAAAUUUUGGAGUGCAGUAUGGGUGGAUGCAAGGUGUAGGGCGUCGUACGAGUAUUAUGGAGAUAUUGUGUCACUUGAUAGCACAUAUAGCACAAACAAGCAUGGAUUACCGUUUGCGUCGUUCGUCGGUGUCAACCACCAUGGUAAGUCGACCAUCCUUGGUUGUGCUCUUCUUGGAAAUGAGAAAAUUCCAAGUUAUGAGUGGGUUUUCCGCCAAUGGGUCAAGUGCAUGGGAACUGCUCCACAGCGGAUCAUUACAGACCAAUGCAAAUCCAUUUUUCGUGUAAUAAAAAAUGUGUUACCUGAUACACGCCACCGGUGGUGCAUCUGGCACAUUACGAAAAAGUUACCGUACAAUCUUGGAGGUUAUCGCCGGUACAGAGAGUUGUAUGAUGAGUUCAAUGAUAUUGUGUGGAACUCUCGGACCGAGAAGUUAUUUGAGGAUAACUGGUAUGAAUUCAUAGACGAGCACAACUUACAUAACAACACAUGGCUGUCAGACCUCUUUGAUGAUCGACGCAUGUGGGUCCCAAUAUUCUUCAAGGGUGAAUUUUGGGCUGCCAUGAGGAGCACGCAAAGGAGUGAGAGCAUGCACUCAUUCUACGGAAAUUUCUUACACAGUCGGACUAGCUUGGUCCAAUUUGUUCACAAAUAUGACAAUGUGCUUGGAAUUAAGGAGCAAAGGGAACUGGAGGAUGAUGCAGCAUACUCGGAUGUUCAAAUUGAGUUUGUCAAGAAGGCUAAUUGUAUGGUCUCUGUUGUUGCUGAAGAGGGGCCAGUGGUAUGCAUGAAGGUUGAAGAGGAAAAACUAGUGAAUGAUAGUAUUCUUUGUGUUCUGUACGACGUCCACUUCGAUCGAUCCACACAGGAGAAAGUACCUAAUCGAUAUGUUCUCCCUCGUUGGAGCAAGAACACAAAGCGCAAGCAUACAUAUGUCAAGAGUAGUCACGAUGUCAGUCGGUCGGAUGAGAGUCAUGUUGCAUUCAGGGGACUAUGUGCACACUUCUACAACAUUGCUCAGGAUUUUGUAAACGACGAUGAAGAAACAGCCUUGCUUCAUGCUGCUCUAGAAGAAACAAGAGCUAAGUUGACUGCUCACCGUGUCAAGAAGAGGUCUGAGACUGUGGCGGACUCCUACAACAAUAAUGGCUCAACAAGUUUGAACGUUGCCGCUGUAAUGGACAUCCAAGCCCCAUCGAAGGUCAACACAAAGGGCCGGCCAAAGAGUAAGAGACUCGGCGCUGCCUUGGAGAAGUCAUUUAAAAAAUCUGCUCGGAGGAAAAACAAGCAUGACCCCCCGGUGGUUUGUCCGGAGUCAACUCAAGAUGUAAGAUUCGGUGGUGUUGUAGGCCAGGCUGAUCCCGAACAAGUUGGUGGCUUCAUGUCUUUGUUAAGCUCCUUUAGCAAAAGUUAA